AUGGAUGUCGAUUUAUUAAUCUCACUUGUAGAAGUUCGUCCAGUAUUGUGGGAUAAAACAUCUAAUAUAUAUAAAGACAGGAUUGAAACAAAAAAUGCCUGGAAAGAAGUGUGUAUGGAAUUGAAUAGUGAUUUCAGUAAUUACGACGAUGAGCAAAAAAAUAAUUUUGGCAAGGAAGUUGUAAAGCGAUGGGUGAAUAUUCGAGAUGCGUUUAAUAAAUCUACGAAAAAAGAAAAAUCACUAAAUAAAUCUGGUGCUGGUGCUUCAGUAAUAAAAAAAUAUGUCUACGCAGAACAGCUGAAAUUUUUAUCAAAAGUAUUUUGUCCACGGUCAACUGAAGAUAGUUUAUCUAUCAACUCGGGUAAUGAAGAUACUGAACCAACUGUUUCAGAAAAUGACAACAGAAACGAAAGUGGGCAAUUUAAAAUACCACCUAGAAAGCAACUUGGAUCUCGUAAAAGAAAGAUGGAUGAGGUUGACAUGAGAAUGUUAAAAGCGUUGGAAGAACCAGAAGAUCGUCAUAUUUCAUUUUUUAAAGGCAUUGUCCCAACUUUGCAUACAUUCACAGAGGAUGAAACGGUAAAUUUCCAGAUGGGUGUACUACAAUUAUUGACCAAUAUUAAGCAGAGACGAUUUCAAACACAAAACCCAUACAUGGAUUUCAAUACUAAUAUUAAUUAUAAUCGCUGUAUUCCUACUCAAAAAAAUAUGCAAAAUUAUGAUCUGCAACUACCCAUAAAUCAAUCAGGAUCAUCUUCUAUUCGCUUCCAAACUACAGAGAAUCGCCCCACACAUACAGACGUUCAUCACCAAUAUAACCAUAUUGACGACAAUCCGUCUUCAGUUGAUAGCAAUACAGACGAGUCAUUCUUAGAUUUAGAUUUUUCAUAA